UGAUUGGUCGGAGUUCUACACGCGCUGUCCUUGGAGCGGAGAGGCCGGCGAGAUGCUGAAAGUGACGAGCCGCCUGCUGAGCCUGAGAGCCCCUAUAUGUGUCACCCCGAGCCGGGGCACAGUGAUUGUAGAACGCUGGUACAAUGUCCCCCUGGCUAAGGAAGGGGAGGAGCCUUACCUGCACCCACGACGGCACCGGAUUUACCGCGUGGUGGAGGACACCAAGCACAGCAAGAAGGGGAAGAUGGCGCUCAUCCUGACUCAGUCUAUACACAAGCUGGGCAGUCGUGGUGACACGGUGCUGGUGGAGAAAGCGUUUGGCCGGAAUAAGCUUCUGCCUCAGGGUCUUGCCGUUUACCCGUCUCCGGAGAACAAGCAGAUGUUUAAAGAGGAGAAAGAGAAACAAGAGACGGCGGCGCCUGCUGACCGCCAGCAGACUUGGACCGGGGAGAUGACUGUACAGUUCCUGAGAAAUUCCCGCCUGGAGGUCAGGAUGAGACCGGAGUCAGGAUGGACGCUGAGCAGAGAGAUGGUGGCUCGUCAUUUCUUCAGAAACCUCGGUGUGGUGGUCCCUGCACAGGCUCUGAAUAUCCCAGAGGAACCAAUCACAACAUUUGGAGAAUUUUGGUGUGUGAACGGCAUAGACACGGUCAGGGUACCGAUGGACGUGGUGCAGUUUGAUGGACCUCGCAGCAAACGUUAUCUCAUCUGGUUGGCCAAACAAGCGGCAGUGGAAAAUUCAGCCACCGGGGGCAGCAAAGCACCAGAAUCCACAGAGCCGCCACCAGAGGGCAGCAACGCACCGCAACCCACAUCCACAGAGCCGCCACCAGAGGGCAGCAACGCACCGCAAUCCACAUCCACUGAGCCGCCACCUGAGGGCAGCAAUGCACCGCGAUCCACAGAGCCGCCACCAGAGGGCAGCAACGCACCACAAUCCACCUCCAGCUGAACAGGCGGAUUGAUGAACACAGCGGUAAUCGGGCGGAUUGUUUGUGUAAGGCGGGUACGCGGCAGAUAUCUACU